GAAGACUUGAUUGAGUGUUUUUUUUUUAAUCUUAGCUCCAUCUCCUGGAUGUGGAAACGCAAGUGCGUACAACAAUCCUGAACUACUGUACGUAUGUACAGUGGGUGCCUCUCAGUGAUGUGGUAGUCGCCCAAAACAGAGGGAAUCUGUGCGUGUGGUACAAUAUCGACUCACCUGAGAGGGUCACUAUGUUUCCCAUCAAGGGAGACAUCAUUGAUCUUGAGCGGGCUGACGGUAAAACAGAGGUUCUGGUGAAUGAAGGUGUGACUACCAUCUCUUACACUCUGGAUGAAGGACUGAUUGAGUUUGGUACAGCCAUUGAUGAUGGAGACUUCCCAAGGGCUGUGGCCUUCCUUGAGAGCCUGGAGAUGUCGUUGGAAACAGAGGCCAUGUGGAAGACACUGAGUCGCCUCGCCCUGGAGGCGAGGCAGCUGCAUAUUGCCGAGCGGUGUUUUGCUGCUCUGGGUGAUGUAUCGAAAUCAAAGGCCUUACGUCAAAUAAACAAGAUCGCUGAGCAAUCUGCAGAAGAAAUGGGUGGUGACGGUACAAAUCACGUGAAAGUAAGAGCCAGGCUGGCAGUGCUGGACAAGAACUUCAAGAUGGCUGAGAGCAUUCUUCUUGAGCAAGGCUAUGUGGAUGAAGCCAUUGAGAUGUACCAGGAACUGCACAAGUGGGACGAAGCUAUUGCUGUAGCUCAAGCCAAGGGCCAUCCAGAGCUGGAUAAUUUACGUGCUAAUCAUUACCAGUGGCUCUCGGAGACAGCACAAGAGGAAAAGGCUGGAGAGGUGAAAGAGAGAGAAGGAAACUAUAUGGAGGCUAUCAACUUGUAUCUGAAGGCUGGUCUACCUGCCAAGGCUGCGAGACUGGCUAUGAGCAGAGAGGAGUUAAUCAAUUCUUCUGACUUGCUCGGGAGGAUUGCAGCUGCUCUUCUUAAGGGAGGACUGUAUGAACAGGCUGGAGAGCUCUACGAGAAAGUUGGCAAGAAUGACCUUGCGAUGGAUUCAUAUCGCAAAGGGAAUGCAUAUAGGAGAGCUGUGGAGCUUUCCCGGGUGGCAUUCCCUCGAGAGGUUGUAAAACUAGAGGAGGACUGGGGCGAUUACCUGGUUUCCCAGAAACAACUGGAUGCUGCUAUCAAUCACUACAUCGAGGCUGGAUGUUCAAUCAAGGCUAUCGAGGCAGCCAUUCAAGCUCGUCAGUGGAACAAAGCUGUUCAGAUUGUUGAGCUGCAGGAUGAUAAUGUGGCCGAAAGGUAUUAUCACCAUAUUGCUCAACACUACUCUCAAGUUCAAGAGUACAAGCUUGCAGAGAAGUAUUUUGUCAAGGGAGGGGACCCUCGGGCUGCUAUUGAGAUGUACACCAAGGCUAACAUGUACGAGGCUGCGCACAAGCUUGCAGUUCAGUGCAUGACACAAGAGGAAGUAGCUGUCAUCUACAUAUCGCAGGCUCAAGAGCUGGAAGCGCAAGGCAAAUACAAGGAGGCCGAGAAAUUAUAUUGCACUGUUGAGGAGCCAGACUUGGCCAUCAAUAUGUACAAGAAACAUCGCCAGUUCGACAACAUGAUCAGGCUUGUCGCUAUUCACCACGAAGAUCUGCUCCCAGACACGCACAUCCACUUGGCAAAGGAACUGGAGGCUGAAGGUCAACUGCGUCAAGCUGAACAUCAUUUCUUGGAAGCGAGGGACUGGAAAGCAGCCGUGAACAUGUAUAGGAAUCAAGACAUGUGGGAGGAGGCAUACAGGGUUGCCAAACAACAUGGAAGUCAAAAUGCUUCUAAACAAGUCGCUUACCUGUGGGCAAAGAGUUUAGGAGGAGACUCUGCCGUAAAGUUGUUAACCAAGUUUGGUCUGCUGGAGUCUGCAAUAGAUUACGCCGCAGAGAACUGUGCUUUUGAAUUCGCUUUCGACUUGUCCCGAACGGCGAUGAAAUCCAAGUUGCCAGACAUUCAUCUCAAGUACGCUAUGUUCCUGGAGGAUGAGGGCAAGUUUACAGAAGCUGAACAAGAAUUCAUCAAAGCUGGCAAAUCCAAAGAGGCUGUGCUCAUGUAUGUCCACAACCAGGACUGGGACAGUGCUCAGAGAGUGGCAGAGGAGAAUGAUCCUGACAGUGUUACUGACGUGUUAGUGGGACAGGCCCGUGUUGCAUUUGACAAAAAAGAAUACCAAAAAUCGGAGACGUUUCUUCUGCGAGCUCAAAGACCAGAACUAGCCGCGCGUUAUUACAAGGAAGCCGGCAUGUGGACAGAUGCUCUCCGUGUUGUGAAGGAAUACUUACCUCAUAAGCUGGAACAAUGGCAAGACGAGUACGACAGAGAGGUUAUGUCUAAAGGAAACAGAGGGGCAGAGUCGUUACUGAGUCAAGGAAAAGACUGGGAAAAGAAAGGAGAGUACAAUAGAGCUAUUGAUAUGUACAUAAAGAUCACACCCAACAUGACCACUGAUCAUGAAUUAGUGGAGGAUGCCAUGGUGAAGGCAGUCGAACUAGCAAUGAAAUUCGUUAGUGACCGAGCUUAUGAUGUGGCGAAGAUUGCCUGUCCAAGACUGGCAGAGAUCAAGUGCUAUGAACAGGCUGGUGAAUUGUAUCUUGGAGUUGAGAUGGUUAAAGAAGCCAUUGAUGUUUACAUCCAGGGUGAACUGUGGCCCAAAGCCAAGAGAUGCGCGGCGGAAAUGGCGCCAAAAUACGAGCAAUAUGUGGAAGAUGCUUACGUUGCAUUCUUGAAACAGAAAGGACAGGCUGAACAGCUCGUCGACGUGGAUGUUAUCGCGGGUCUUGAUAUGAUGGUUCAACGAGGACAGUGGGAUAAAGCUAUUGAAACCGCCGAGCAGCAGGGCUACGAAGUUCUCAGUAAAUACGUCGCCUUGUACGCUGCUAACCUGAUCAAAGAUGGUAACACGCUGAAAGCCUUGGACCUGUUCGGUAGAUACGGUGCUCCAGCUAAUCCUCAGAACUUCAAUAUCUACAAGAGGAUUAUAACGGACGUUAUAUCAAUGCCUGGACUGAGAUCUGCUGACAGUUACCGCACGUGGGCUGACCUGAGAGAUGUGCUGUUUGAGAUUGUUGAAGGUUUGAGUAAGGGAUCAGCUGCUGGUACACCGCAGGCUCAAGAAUUUGAGGUUAUGUUGGAGGUCAUCCAUUAUUACAGCACCAGAUGCGCCUGCAUGCAACACAAAUCACUGGAUACCCUUGCGGCCAAAUUGUCGAUUUCCCUUCUCCGACAUUCCGAUGUUAUUCCUUGUGAUAAAGCCUUUUACGAAGCUGGAGUUACGGCUAAGGCCGUUGGCUGGGACAAUAUGGCUUUUGUAUUCCUUAACCGUUACCUUGAUCUCAGUGAGGGUAUCGAGGAAGGUAGUCUGGACAUGUUGGAUAACAGUGAUUUUGCCGACACUGAUAUUCCAUUUGAGGUCCCUGUUCCUGAAAAACAACAUUUACCGGAAGAAAAACGCGAGGAAGUCAAGGAGUGGGUGUUAGCUGUUUCAAUGGAUCAAAAGGUGGAACAAGUUUUGCCGACAGAUGAGCGUGACACAUAUGAGGCAUGCCUUGUGGCUGUUAACACUGGCAUUACAUCACCACCCUGUGUCAUAACAGGAUAUCCUGUUCUACGAAACAAAAUCGAGUUCAAACGGCCGGGCAAAGCUGCUAAUAAAGAGGACUGGAACAAGUUUAUCAUGGCAACCAAGGUUUCUCACAGCCCCGAGUGCCAGGAUGUACUGCGUUUUCUGGGGAACUGGUGCGGAGCACCUCAGAACCCUUCCUAUUCCUUUAAUUAAAGGCAGUUACUAGAUCAUUUUGUGGCCGUUCUCGGCUAUUUAUAACCAUAAAACACGUUGCAAACUUAAUAUUUAUUUGAAGUGUUUAGAAUCACUUUCUGAACGAUUUACUGGGAACCGCGGCUUACAAUAAUUUAUUUUGAUUGAUUUUUGACAAGUGUGUGUUGGUUUCCGUUACACUGGAAAUUUCGAAAACGUUCUUACUCUGCGUUUCCCAACGUGAUGCCACUGUUUUGUAUUAUGUUCCCGUGGCGAACCGAAGUUCGACCUGUUAACCAAGCCGCUCGGUUGUAGUCUGGGCCUUUCACUGUUAUUUCUCCCUGUCACGUGAUGCCUUAUUGCAGUGUGACAUGACACAGAGAAAGAACUCUGUUUGGGUCAGUGCAUUGCGUGACUGUUCUUGUUGUAACACUUUCCUCUUCCGAGGUACAAGGUGAUCAGUGAUAAUAUGUUUGUUGUAAAUAGCGUUAGUGUAAUAGUGCUGUACAAAACUUUUAUUUCAUGUUGAAGAAAUAAAUUAAGUAAACUUACAAGGAACUUCA